GAACAAAUGAUCAUAUAAUUAUCUAUUUUUUUUUUCUGUUUUCUAUAUUAAAGAACGUUUACACUAAAACACUCACAAUUUAAUUUUUGAAAUGGUUUCUUUCAAUGAUACACCGAUGCUUAACUUGGUUACUUCUGAAAAUCAAAGUUUAAAUGUUCCCGAAUUUCCUUCGCAUAAUGGACCUCAAAGACUUGUCGCAGCAGCUACAAAACAACCUCGUACAAGGGAGAAGGUUCGACUUGAGCCUGGUCAUUCACCUUUAGAUUGGGCAAAAUUAUGCUCUUCUGGAAAAGAUUUACGAGGCGUAGCGCAAUUAAAUAAAUAUACAUUAGAAGAUCUUCGAGAGCAUCGAACACCUGAGGAUGCUUGGACAGCUAUUCAAGGAAAAGUUUAUAAUAUUACACCUUAUCUUAAAUUCCAUCCUGGUGGAGUAAAAGACUUGAUGAGAUGUGCUGGGAGAGAUGGGACAAAAUUAUUUAUGGCGACUCAUUCUUGGGUUAAUACCGAUUAUUUAUUAGAUAAAUGUUUAGUUGGAUUUUUAGUUCCUUCAAAAGAUUAAUUUGUAUAUAAGAUGAUGAAAUAUAUUUUUUAACUGUACUACAUAUAAAUUAGAGGCUGUUUAUAUUAUUUAUUUUCUUCUUCUCUUUCUAUUUUAUGUCUGAUAAUAAAAAGGAGAAUAAUAUAAUCACUUUUUGGAAUCCAAGAGUAGAUCCAAAUUCUAUUAAACAGUCAGAUAAAUUUACGUUUUCAAGACCGAGACAAUAUGAUUUCUCGGAGGUCGCUUGGAAUAAGAGAAGAGAUUUUUGGUCUCAAAAAGAACCUAUGGAAGAAAUACGAUAUGGAAGAAAAGAUAAAUAAACAUUACCAAGCCACAAAAUAAAACAAAGAAUAUUUAAAUGUGAGAAAAAGGACACUUUCUCUCUUUAUUAUAACGCUUUAAGAAUGUAGUAUAUAAAUAUGUAAAAUGAAAAAAAAAAA